AUGUCCAUCAAAGUGGCCAUUAUCGGCGCAGGCCUCAUCGGCCCCCGCCAUGCCCAAUCCGUUCUCUCCAACCCAUCCACAGAGCUAGUCGGCCUAGUAGACCCCGCCCCAACAGGCGCAACCACCGCAGCCAGCCUCAAAACAAACUACUUCCCCUCCGUCUCCGCCCUCCUCUCAUCCCCCCACAAACCAGACGCCGCAAUAGUCUGCACACCAAACAAAACCCACGUCCCAGUAGCCAAAGAGCUCCUAGCAGCCGGCGUGCACGUCCUCCUCGAGAAACCCGUCAGCGACACCCUAGAAACAGGCCGCGAUCUUCUCACAUUCGCCCAAUCCCCCGCAAACGCCCACCUCAAACUCCUAGUCGGCCACCACCGCCGCUUCAACCCCUACGUGCGCGCAACAAAGUCCAUCCUGGACUCCGGCUCCCUCGGCCAGCCCAUCGCAGUCAACGGCCUCUGGACCAUCUACAAGCCAGCAUCCUACUUCGCCGCCCCAACAGACUGGCGCGCUUCGCGCGCCCAAGGCGGCGGCGUCAUCCCCAUCAACCUCGUCCACGACAUUGACCUCAUGCAUCACCUUUUCGGCCCCAUUGUCCGCGUGCAGGCGGAGAAGGCGCUUCCGCAGCGUGUGAGCCCGCCACAUGAUGCGGACGAAGGCGCGGCGCUCACGCUCCGCUUUGCGUCUGGGGUUGUGGGGACGUUCAUUGUGUGUGAUGCUACGCCUUCGCCGCACAAUUUUGAGACGGGCACUGGGGAGAAUCCGCUUAUUCCGCGUUCGGAGGAGGGGGCGGAUUUCUAUCGCAUUUUCGGGUCCGAGGCUUCGCUUAGUGUGCCGGAUCUUACGAGGUGGAGUUAUGAUGGGCGGGCGGAGAAGAGUUGGUCGCAGGGUUUGAAUGUUGAGAAGAUUCCUGUGCCGGAUGAGGCGGCGCCGUUUGAUCUUCAGUUGGCGCAUUUUGUGGAUGUUAUUCGCGGGGAGGCGGAGCCGAGUUGUUCGGGGGAGGAGGGGUUCAGGGCUUUGAUGGUCUGUGAGGCUGUUCAGAGGGCGAUGCGAACGGGUCAGCCUGUUGAGAUCGCGGUUGAUUUGUUGGCAUAA